AUGUCUACGAUCUUGAUUUCCGGCGCCAACAAAGGAAUCGGCCUUGCGCUGGUUAGCAAGUACCUAGCUCGCGAUAAUGUGACUGUGAUCGCCGCUGUUCGCAACCCAAGCUCAUCGGAGUCAAGUCUCUCCAACCUUCCCACAGGGGCGGGUAGUCGGCUAAUUAUUGUCAAAAUCGACGCCAGCUCCGACAUCGACGCCAAAGCGGCAGUGGAAUCAUUAUUAAGCCAAGGCGUGUCGAUAUUAGACAUCGUCAUCGCUAAUGCGGGAGUCUUCGACCGAGCCGCUUUCACUACCGUUGCCGAGUCUAGCAUUGCCCAGAUCCAAUCCCAUCUAGACAUCAACACUCUUGGACCUAUACGUCUAUUCCAGGCUACCCUCCCUCUCCUUCAGAAGUCAUCAUCUGCUCGCUUUGUCCUAAUAAGUACUCUAAUGGCAACGAUUGGAGAUAUGAAGGAUGCUCCGUGGACUAUUGCGCCGUACGGCGCUAGUAAGGCUGCGGCGAACUUCUUUGUCCGGAAAAUUAACUUUGAGAACGAUGGGAUCUCCACUUUGGCUGUUAACCCUGGGUCGGUCAAGACGGAGUCUGGAAAUGACGCUUGUCGAACGUUAGGCUUCGACGGCGCUUUCGUAGAGAUUGAGGACAGUGUUAGCGCAAUCGUCAACAAAAUCGAUGGGUUGACCAAGGAGAACGGUGCCGGUGAGUUUUGGAGCAUCGAUGAAUCCACUGUUGCCUGGUAA